AAAGAGGAGGAGGAGGAGGAAGCGCUUCCCGCCCCCGGCGGGUCAGAGCGGGGAAGUCGCCGCCCGAAGAUGGCCGCCGCGGCGGGGGACGUGUGCGGCUCCCCGGCUGGAGCCCAGCCCGGGGCCGCGGCUGAGGCUCGGUUCAUCAGCAGCGCCAAGGGGAAAGGCUUGUUCGCCACCAGGAGCAUCCGCAAAGGGGAGACCGUCUUCGUGGAGCGGCCGGUGGUGGCCUCCCAGUUCCUCUGGAACGCGCUGUACAACUACCGAGCCUGCGAUCACUGCCUGCGGGCUUUGGAGACGGCGGAGGAGAACGCCCAGCGGCUGCUGGGGAAGAGCUCCCUGGUGCUGCCUCACCCGGAGCAGUGCAGCAUCCGGAAAGACCUGCACCAGCAGUGUCCCCGCUGCCAGGUGACGUACUGCAGUGCUGAAUGCAGGCAGGCCGCUUUGGAGCAGUACCACCAGGUCCUCUGCCUCGGCCCGUCCCGUGACGACCCCACGCACCCCCUCAACAAGCUGCAGGAGGCAUGGAGAAACAUGCAUUAUCCACCGGAGACUUCCAGCAUCAUGCUGAUGGCCCGGAUGGUUGCCACUGUCAAACAGGCUAAGGACAAGGACUGGUGGAUCAAGGCCUUCUCGCAGUUCUGCAGUAAGACAGCAAACGAGGAGGAGGAGAUCGCUCACAAACUGCUGGGGGACAAAUUUAAGGGCCAGCUGGAGCUGCUGCGUUUGCUCUUCACCGAAGCCCUUUACGAUGAGCAUCUCAGCAGGUGGUUCACCCCAGAAGGCUUUCGAUCCCUCUUUGCCCUCGUUGGGACCAACGGCCAAGGCAUAGGAACCAGCUCCCUGAGCCAGUGGGUGCACGCCUGCGACGCGCUGGAUCUCCCCAUGCUGCAGCGAGAGGAGCUGGACGCCUUCAUCGACCAGCUCUACAAGGACAUCGAGAAGGAAUCGGGAGAGUUCCUCAACUGCGAGGGAUCGGGUCUCUACGUGCUGCAGAGCUGCUGUAACCACAGCUGCAUCCCCAAUGCUGAGACGUCCUUCCCGGACAACAACUUCCUCCUGCAUCUGACAGCUCUGGAGGACAUCGAAGCAGGAGAGGAAAUCUGCAUCAGCUACCUGGACUGCUGUCAGAGGGAGCGGAGCAGACACAGCCGCAACAAGAUACUCAGGGAGAACUACCUGUUCACCUGCUCGUGUCCCAAGUGCCUGGCGCAAGCCGACGACCCCGACGCGACGUCGGACGAGGAGGAGGAAGGCGAAGGGGAGACGGACGACGCCGAGCUGGAGGACGAGAUGACCGACGUGUGAGCGAGAGGAAAGGGACGGGCGAGAGGAAAGGGUCCUCCCGGAGGGCUGCAGCUUUAACUAGUCAAAAACAGGGUUGUGUUGUGGGGUCGGGGGGCGAGGAGCUGUGUCGGAGCGGGGCAGCGAGGGAGCUGGAGGCAGGCCCCGCUUCCACCUGCCCUUGUGCUGUGUGUGCGUGUGUGUGAGGCCGUCCCCAUCCUCCCUGCGAGGAUUGGGGGCAAGCCAGCAGCCCCCUGCCUCAUCCCGGUACCUCUUGGGGCUGAGUGGUGGUUAUAGGGGCAGCUGGAGGGGCUCUUGGGGCCGUGUUGGGCCGUGGGGGUGUCGUUUCCCACCCCGCAGGGAUGAGGGGAGUGUGAGUGUGUGGGUGUGCGUGCACGAGGGGAAUUAUUUAAUGUCUGUAUUAACACGCCGAGGGGCUGGGGGCUUUCUGCACGCUCCGUUCCACGCCUCGAGCUCGGUGAGCAGCAAGCGAGGGGCAAAAGGGGUUGAAAAGUGGGGCAAAAACGCCUCGGGGUGGCUCGGACACCCAAAUCUGUGGGGGUGGGCCAUCAAUCCUCCCUCCCUCAGCCCCAGCUUUCCUUGCUGGGCUGUUUAGGGAGGGCUGCAGCUGCCACAGGCUGGGUCGUGCAAGCAAAUCCCCCCCCAGAGCCCAGAAAAUGUUUGGGGUUUCACAGCGAGGCUGGGAAGCACCCGGGGUAUUUUUUUCCCCCCCACCCUGUUUGUUUUUGGAGCUGUUUUUCCAGCCUGUUCCCUUCCAGGGGUGUUUGGGGGAUCCGGGCACCUCUGCCACGACCAUUCCCUGCCAGCCCCGUGCCCGUCUGCUUGUCCCCAGCCUCGGGUGGCCCCCCCGGGCCCUUCAGUGUUGGUAAUAAACUGAGCCUGGUGAGCCCCAGG